AUGGCAACCCUAAUCCGCACAACCCGCCUCUCCACCUUCACAUCACCCCUGCCUGAGGCGGCCAGCCUUUCCUUCAACAACCCCUCCAAAACCCAUGCGACAUACCCUGUUGGCUCAACCUUUACAACAAGCCGCCACUGGCACAACGAUCAUGCGGAACACUUCAAAGUGCUUUCGGGGGCCAUACUCGUCACGGUCAAUAAGAACAGCUUUGUCGUGACAGGUGCACCUCCUGCCGCCACAAUUCCUUGCGCGGCACGAAUUGAUGCGGUGGGAUUGUCUCGGGCGGAAGGAUCACCAAAGUUAGCGAAGGGACAGUCAAAGGAGCUUGAGAAGCUGAGGGCACCGGAAGAUGAGGCAGAAGAAUGGAGAACGCCUGCAGAUGGCGAGAAGGAGGUCUUCUUCCGAAAUAUGCUGAGCGCGGUUUCAGAACCUCGAACGGGCAUUGUGGGAGAGAUUCUGAGACCCAUCCAUAUGUUGAUUAUAUAUCAAGGCUUGGAUACCAGGAUGGUGAUCUUAGACAUGGGGCUGAGGGUGGUAAUGGGUGGAGAGGGAUGGUUGAGAAACAACAUGGUGGGUAGUUUUGGAAUAGCGGGUCUGAUUGGUGGUGCAUUCGGUCUAAAGCCUGUGAGCGAAGCGUACACACCAGGCCGAUUGAUUUCAGAAUGGGGGAAGAAUCGAAAGUAG